AUGCCGAUGGUCCCAUUCCUGGACCAGCCGGUCAUGUUGCACUCCUCUCGUAAUCCGGGAGAGUGUACCAUGACCCCAGAGCAGUGCGCAUACAAAACUCGGUACUGGGUGUACUGGUAUGAGGCUGACCAUCGCUACGCUCUGCCUACCGUGGCAUUUUUCAUGGUUGCGAUCAUUCUUUUCGCCAUUGCACAUGUCGUGUCGCAAGUAUCGCCAACUCGCGUAAAGGCAAGCUCAAUAUGGCUACGGCCUUUGGCAUUCCUGCGCUAUCUGUCUUAUAAAAUGUGGAGGAUUGCAGGAUGGAACUCGCAAUCCUUGGGCGUCUUCCUGCUUGGCGGAGCAGGACUCAUCUUUUUCUUUGCAAUGACCCUUGGACCUCGCCCGUAUUACUGGCCCAAUACGAGGGAGAUUAGCUAUGGAAAUUCUCCCCCGAUCGCCACGAGAGCCGGCUUCUUGGCUCUGGGGUGCAUGCCUUUUCUAAUUGUGCUUGGUGCGAAAGCAAAUCCGAUCACUGCGAUCACAGGCAUAUCGCAUGAGAAGCUGAAUGUCUGGCACAACUGGGUGGCCUGGGCCAUGUUCGUCCUGGCCUUGGUGCACACAUUCCCAUUCAUCGUUUACCACAUCUGGAAGGGGGAUCUUGUUAAACAGUGGAAUGAUGAGGGUAUCUGGGUGACGGGAGUAGUCGCAAUUAUCGCUCAAGCUUGGCUGACUUUUUUCUCCAUCUCAUGGAUCCGUAACCGCUACUAUGAGUUCUUCAAAGCGACCCAUUACUUCAUGGCAAUAGUUUUCGUCAUCUUCUUUUUCCUUCACUGCGACUUCCGCAUGAGCUCAUGGGACUAUUUCAUUGCCACGGGUGUUCUUUAUACACUAUGCUGGUUAUAUGCACAAUGUCGAACUUGGUUUGAACAUGGUGUACGACACAAGGCUACCCUGGUUGCGGAAUCUGACUACACCAUGAAAAUCACUAUCAAGACCCAAAUGCACUGGGCACCUGGGCAGCACAUCUUCCUUCGGUUCUUGACCUGUGGCGUACAUGCCCUGACGGCCCACCCGUUUACUGUCUGCUCUGUUCCACAGACGAACGGGGAAAAUGAAUUAGUUUUCUACGUGAGGCAGCGUGGUGGGCUGACAGCCCGCUUGAUGGGCUUGGCGAAGAAGACCCCGGGAGCCCAAGUUCCUGUUUUAAUGGAUGGCCCCUACGGCGGGUUCUCCGAAGGGCGACUGGAAGAAUUCGACAAGAGCCUGGUGAUUUGCGGCGGUGCUGGUGCAGGACUAGCCUUGUCUCUCAUCGAAGAGUUUGUCCGGUGCUCCAACUUCCGACAAGGGAAAGAAAUGAGGGUCAUUCUUGCGACACGAGACCCAGGAAUGAAGGCCUGGUAUACGCAUGCCUUGGAAGAUUUGGCGACCAGACAGUCCUGGCAGAAGUCAGUACCCGGGCUCAGCAUCCGUAUUCACGAAACCUUUUCCGCCACUCCGGCAUUGGCACCGACAACAGACAACAAAGUAUUCGAAGUGGAAGAGGGGACUGCAUCAAAAUCAGUGCACUCUAAGGAAUCAGAGUCCUUGGUCUACGAGAUAUUCAAUGUUCAGUUCUUCUCUGGAAGGCCCAAUCUACCACUCGCCGUUCAGAAUAUUUCUGAAAAUGCUGGCUCGUCCAUUGGGACUGUUGUCUGCGGACCAGCUUCCAUGACUCAUGAUGUCAGCUCGGCGGCUUCAGAGGCCCAAAGUCACAUUCUCUCCGGCAAACCUGGAUUUGCAAAGGAACUGUGGCUUCACAGAGAGAAUUUUUCGUAA